AUGAAUUUCAGUUGUAUUUCAGCAGGUCGUCGAGCAAUAUUAAGUUUGAAUUCUUUGUUGAUGGUUUCAAGUCGAUUUUUUCUUCCUGGUUUAUCAUCGAAACAGAAAAAAUAUUCUGAACAGCGACUUGUCGGGUACACACAGGAACAAAUGUUUGAUAUUGUUGCCAACGUUGCAGAAUAUCCUCAAUUUGUGCCUUGGUGUCGUGAAGUUAAUGUGCAGGUUCAUUCUAAAAAUUUAUUCUUUGCUGAUAUAGGGAUAGGUUUUCCUCCGGUGCAAGUAACAUACAGGUCAAAAAUUACGACAGUUAAGCCGAGAAUUGUCAAAUCAAUAUGCGUGGAUAAUGCAUUAUUUCAUAAUCUUGAUACAAUAUGGCGAUUCGAAAAAGGCGUUGCUAACAAUCAUAAUUCAUGUAUACAAUUUUUCACGCUAGUUUUUGAAUUUCGUUCGGCUUUAUAUUCAAAUCUUGCUCAUAUUUUUUUUGAUCAAGUAGUUUGUACGAUGGUUAUUGCGUUCCUCAAACGAGCCGAAGCGAAAUAUGGGCCUCCAUCUCUUGAUCAUUUUAAGACUGGAACAGUGCUAAGCAAAAUUAACUAA